CAUUGGUCCAAUUAUAAUUUUUAAUCCAUAAUUUGAUACAAACAUAAAGGAAGAUCCUAAUUGGUUAUCCAGUUUCAGCUACGUAUAUUGCGCUUUUCUAUUGGUCUAACGAUUCAAACGGUUUCAAGUAUACCAAAGGUAACGCGCAUGUUGCUUGCGGCGGCACGUGAUGUUUUGGCGCAAAAUUAAGUCCGCAUUUAAAGCGUCAACAUCUUAACCUUAAAGUAUCCUAACGACUGCCAACGACUCCGUAACAGUGUCAUCCAGGAUGGAAAUGAUCGCGUCGACAGCGACGACUGUCAAUGCGGACGACGACUUAGACAAUUAUUCCUCGGCGAAGCUGAUCAAGACGUUAGAGAGAAAUGGUAUCACGGCGGGAGACAUCAAGAAGCUACAGGAAGCUGGCUUUUACACUGUGGAAUCGGUGGCUUAUACGCCCAAGAAACAUCUCAUCUCAGUCAAAGGCAUCAGCGAGGCCAAGGCGGACAAGCUCCUGCAGGAGGCCUCGAAGCUGGUCAGGAUGGGUUUCAGGAGCGCUACAGAGAUACACCAGAUGCGUUCCAACAUCGUUUAUGUCACCACUGGAUCAAAGGAGUUGGAUAAUUUGUUGGGAGGUGGGAUAGAGACAGGCUCCAUCACGGAGAUCUUUGGGGAGUUUAGAUCAGGGAAGUCUCAGUUGUGUCAUACUCUGGCUGUCAAUUGUCAGUUGCCAGUCAGUAUGGGUGGAGCUGAGGGUAGGUGCCUUUACAUAGACACAGAAAAUGGUUUCAGGCCAGAGAGAUUGACAGCGGUGGCUGAGAGAUACAAGAUCAACGGCGACUCAGUCCUUGACAAUGUCGCCUGUGCCAGAGCGUUCAACACCGAUCACCAGACUCGGUUGGUGGUGCAAGCCAGCGCUAUGAUGACUGAGGCCAGAUAUGCCCUGCUGAUCGUCGACAGUGCCACCAGUCUGUACAGAACCGAUUACUGUGGCAGGGGUGAGUUGAGCGAGAGGCAACAGCACCUGGCGCGCUUCCUCAGGAUAUUGCUACGAAUUGCGGACGAGCACGGCGUGGCGGUCGUCAUAACGAACCAGGUGGUUGCACAAGUCGACGGCGCGGCCAGUAUGUUCGGCGGCGACACGAAGAAGCCAAUCGGCGGCCACAUAAUCGCGCACUCGAGCACCACGAGAUUAUACCUGCGCAAGGGCAGAGGAGAGACCAGAAUAUGUAAGAUAUACGAUUCCCCGUGCCUGCCAGAGAACGAAGCAACGUUCGCCAUUUAUGCGGACGGAAUCAGCGACGUGAAGGAGUGAACUUGUUCAUUACACGUACACGUUAUAAGCGCAAUACAUUAUUAGGUUGUAAGCGCUGUGACGUACAGAAAUAUGUAAAUAAUGAAAGCGGUAAGCAAAUCGACAGUCGAGGAUGUUUCUUACGGUCUGAGAAUAAUCUAUCGCGACUAGUCAGUUUCCUUAACGCUUCAGAUCUGAUUCCAUAACUCACUUUAAGUUAGACAAUCACAUGUUGCAUAUGCAUAAGAAAAUUAUAUCAGACACAUUUUUAUAUUAGAUGUGUCCAUUAUCUCGUGUAUACGAGAUCACGAUUAAUGCAAUCGUGCAAGCUUGUCUGGAUAGGCCUUUAACGAGUUAAACUCUGAUUAGAGUAAGUUGUGAAAUUAAUUGGACUUGUCUCACUGCUUAUGUUUUUCUGUGCGUUAUCCUCAUUAAAUUAUUUUCUUUCAUACAUUAAGUAUGGGUCCAUAAUAGAUAUAAUAUUAAGCCUUUAGUUUUAUGCUUUCCCUAAAAUCCCUGGCAAAAAGUGUUCUCCUUUUAUUCUAAUGGUUGGAAUUUGGUCAACUUGUUUAAAGAUUAGAGAUUAUGAUUUUAAAUAAUAGGAGACGUUUUUAAUAAAAAAAUUAUGCACAUUUUGCAAUUUUGCAAUUAUGCAAUUUUGGGUUUAGAACAUAAGACUGAGGGCUUCCCAUACUUAUUGCAGAUUUAGCCGAAAGCUCUAAACUGCUCGCUGCUGCAAUCUUGAUUUAUGAUGUUGGAAGAGAGAGCAAGAGAAUACAUUAAAAAUUAUUGCAAGAACCAAUAUCAAAAUAAAUUGAUAUGUUCACAAAAUAAUACUUGCAAUCAAUCGAGUAAAAUAGUACGAACAUUUUCCUUUUACUCUAACUCCUUUUACUCUAAAUUAGUAAAUAGCUGUAAAGUUAAAUUAGUUUAUGACAAAAUCAUGAGAGAAGGUAAGCUAUAGAGGAAGGUUGCAUGUCACAUUAAUUUUUCGAUUAUUUAUUGAUUGAACGAAAGGCAAAUUUUUAGACUGUUUUACGAGUUUACUUGAUCAAUUGCAAGUGUCAUUUGAUGAAUAUAUUUUUUCACUUCAGCAUAUUUUGCAAGAACAUAUUUUCUCGCUUCUCGACGUCAUCAAUCAAGUACAAUAUUCGACAAGGAACUAGGAGCUUUGAUACGCGUACGUUGGAUAUCGUUUAAUUUACGUUACCAUUAACGAGGGUUCCUCAUCUUGUAAGGAGCAUUGAUAAUUGGAUGUAAUGAUAAUUAGAUGUAAUUUAGCAUAACUACGAAAGAGAAGAGAAUAUAUGUAUAUAUUUUUUCUAAAGAUUUUAUGUGCAUUAUAAGUGCCACUUGCAGACAUUUGAUGACUAAGAUGACGGUCUAAUUAUUACUACAAUGAUUAUAAUAAUUAGAUUGAUGUUGUCUGUCGUGGCUUCUCUUUCUUCUCGCAAUAAAUUGCUGAUUGCUAUAUUUGAGA